GGCCGCGCCGCCUGCAGCAGCAGCAGCAGCAGCUGCUCCUCCCCGGCGGCCGCCCCCCGCGGGUCCCUCCCUGGCUGCGGGAGAGACAGAGGUAGAGGGAGGACACAGCGCCGCGCCGCCCGCACCGGAGACCUUCGCCUCGCCCUGCAGGCUCCUCACCCUCUGGGAGAAACAUGGAUAAUCUCAGUGAUACCUUGAAGAAGUUGAAGAUAACAGCUGUUGACAGAACUGAGGAUAGUUUAGAAGGAUGCUUGGAUUGUCUGCUUCAAGCGUUGGCUCAGAAUAAUAUGGAAACAAGUGAAAAAAUCCAAGGAAGUGGAAUACUUCAGCUGUUUGCAAGUCUGUUGAUUCCACAGUCUUCCUGCACAGCCAAAGUAGCUAACAUCAUAGCAGAAGUAGCCAAAAAUGAAUUUAUGCGUAUUCCGUGUGUGGAUGCUGGAUUGAUUUCACCACUGGUGCAGCUGCUAACUAGCAAAGACCAGGAAGUGCUACUUCAAACGGGCAGGGCUCUAGGAAACAUAUGUUACGAUAGCCAUGAGGGCAGAAGUGCAGUUGACCAAGCAGGUGGUGCACAGAUUGUAAUUGACCAUUUAAGGUCACUGUGCAGUAUAACAGAUCCCGCCAAUGAGAAGCUCUUGACUGUCUUUUGUGGCAUGCUGAUGAACUAUAGCAAUGAGAAUGAUUCCCUUCAAGCUCAGCUUAUCAAUAUGGGUGUUAUACCUACCUUAGUGAAAUUAUUGGGCAUCCAUUGCCAAAAUGCAGCUCUUACAGAAAUGUGUCUUGUUGCAUUUGGCAACUUAGCAGAACUUGAGUCAAGUAAAGAACAGUUUGCCAGUACGAACAUUGCUGAAGAGCUGGUAAAACUCUUCAAGAAACAAAUAGAACAUGAUAAAAGGGAAAUGAUUUUUGAAGUUCUUGCUCCAUUGGCAGAAAAUGAUGCUAUUAAGCUACAGCUGGUUGAAGCAGGCCUGGUAGAAUGUCUACUAGAGAUUGUUCAGCAGAAAGUGAAUAGUGACAAAGAGGAUGAUAUUGCUGAGCUCAAAACUGCUUCAGAUCUAAUGGUUUUACUACUUCUUGGAGAUGAAUCCAUGCAGAAAUUAUUUGAAGGAGGAAAAGGUAAUGUGUUUCAAAGGGUACUGUCCUGGAUUCCAUCAAAUAACCACCAGCUACAGCUUGCUGGAGCAUUGGCAAUCGCAAAUUUUGCCAGAAACGAUGGAAACUGUAUUCACAUGGUAGACAAUGGAAUUGUAGAAAAUCUUAUGGAUUUACUCGACAGACAUGUUGAAGAUGGAAAUGUAACUGUACAGCAUGCAGCAUUAAGUGCCCUCAGAAAUCUGGCCAUUCCAGUUGUAAAUAAAGCAAAGAUGUUAUCAGCUGGAGUCACAGAGGCAGUUUUGAAAUUCCUUAAGUCUGAAAUGCCUCCAGUUCAGUUCAAACUUCUGGGAACUUUAAGAAUGUUAAUAGAUGCACAAGCAGAAGCUGCUGAACAACUGGGAAAGAAUGUUAAAUUAGUGGAGCGUUUGGUAGAAUGGUGUGAAGCCAAAGAUCACGCUGGUGUGAUGGGGGAGUCCAACAGACUGCUGUCUGCCCUCAUACGACACAGUAAAUCAAAAGAUGUAAUUAAAACCAUUGUACAGAGUGGUGGCAUCAAACAUCUAGUUACCAUGGCAACUAGUGAACAUGUAAUAAUGCAGAAUGAAGCCCUUGUUGCUUUGGCACUAAUAGCAGCUUUAGAGUUGGGCACUGCCGAGAAAGAUCUAGAAAGUGCUAAACUUGUACAGAUUUUACACAGACUGCUAGCAGAUGAAAGAAGUGCUCCUGAAAUCAAAUAUAAUUCCAUGGUCCUGAUUUGUGCUCUCAUGGGAUCUGAAUCUCUACACAAGGAAGUACAGGAUUUGGCCUUUCUAGAUGUUGUAUCCAAACUUCGCAGUCAUGAGAACAAAAGUGUUGCCCAACAGGCCUCUCUCACAGAGCAGAGACUUACUGUGGACAGCUGAGAACAGCCCCUGCCUGAUACAUGGCAUUAUCCCACCUCUGAUUUCCCCUUUGUCCUCCAUCCAGCUGCCUCUUCUGCUUCAUUUUCUUCCAUAUCACUUGUGCAUGCGUGUAAUGUUCCAGUACCAAUUGAAGAACUGCUGUAGGUACCUGCCCAAUAAGAUUUCUAAACCCAUAGUUAGUGUGAACAUGAAUUUGUCAAAAACAGGUCUCCACCCAUAACUGUUCUCUUGUAUUCCUGUUGCUUGAGCUACAUUAAGUAGAAUGUGCAUGUUGUAGUCCUAUGAUGAUGUAAACUUGGUACUACAUAAUGACUUGCUCCUCACAUUUGGUAAACUACAUAAUAAUGUACUGGUGAAUUAGAAACAAACAAGAAUGCAGCAGGAUCUGUCUAGCUUAUUAAGGAUGGAACAGAAUAGUAAAAAUAGCACCAUUUUUUGGUGCUUGGGAAGCACAGUGACCAAAAAACUGUAUGGCUGCUCUUUCAUUAGUCUUACCUACUAAUGUCAAACCCAUGGUACCUAGAGUUAAAUAAAAUCCAAUGCUCUCACUCUUUACCCUAUGGUUUCUCCUUCUUCCUAACUAUGUAGACUCCUGAAACUGCCACAAACUUGGCAAGACUUCCCUGAGGCUUUUUAAUUUCAUAUUUAAUUGGCUGUCAUCAUUGAAACCUAACAUUGAAAUCAUUUGUACUUUUCAGCAUGAAACUAAGGGGUUGAAGAAUCUGUGUUACACUAAGUAACAUCUUUUUUGGCCUAUAUUUUAGAAUCUAUGUACAUUUUGACAUCAGCAUUGUCCAACACCUGUCUUUAAAAGUUCACCUGGCAUUUUUCAACUGAGGAAAUUGAGUAUAGCUCAUUGGAGGGUGGGGUGGUUGGGUUUUUUGGGUUUUUGGCUAUUUUUCAUCAUUCAGCUUGAAAGCAAGAAGUUUCCUCUGUCGUAGUCCUUUUAAAUCUUAUAUUAGAACUAGCAGGACAUAGGAAAAAAAGAUUAAGAAAGAAGUUUGUCUAUACUAAAGAAAGGAAGCAGGUUAUAAAAGCCAUAGUAGCCAGUCCAGUUCAUUCUGCAGAUGGCCUCAUAGCAGUAGCUGUUUAGAGUUUCCCACCUCCACUUGCCACAGAGAACUGCAGUAGAUCUUAAAGCUACCAGAAAAGGUGACGAUGCCAAGACUCCAGAGAUGAGAGGACCCUCUUGGCGAAAUAUAGUGUACUCUUCACUGCCACUGAGACCACCAAAUGGGUUUUUAGAACUUUGAAACACAAUCUUUGUAAAAUAAUCAAAGAUCCCUGUAACCUACGUAUCUUGUCCCCAUGCACAAGUUUGACAAAUACUGGCUGAAAGGUGUGAUGGGCCCCGAUAUGGAAGGACUGCAGGACAGUAGAAUGGGCUGCCCGGGGUGACAGGAGCUCUUUCCUCUUCAAUGGGAGAUGCUGCACAUAUCUGUGGGGUGAUUGAAGUUGGACUUUUGACUCUGAAACAGCUAUAAUUGAAUAAAAUUAAAACCUCAGUGGAGGUAAAGAAACUUUGAUUGAUUGUUCCCUUUGAUGUCCAGGAAAGGGACUAUUAUUGUGAGUGCUUAUGCUACACUUACUGUAAGAAUGAUCUUGUUUAUUGUCUUCUUCUGGGCUGGAUAGUGGACUAUAUUUUAUUAUAGGUUUUGAAAAACAUCUGUAAUGUUGAAUAGGCUGUCCAUAUUAAUAACUAAAUAAAUAGUAUAUCAAACUGUAA